CUACACGUUUUUUUCCACACUCUCUCAUCCACCGAUCAAGAAAUCAUGAAGUUGUCUUCUCUGUUCACAGUAGCUAUCUCCUGCCUGGCGCUUGGCGUUUCUGUCGAAGCCCUUAAAGAGCCACCAACCACUCUCCAGAUCGGAAUCAAGAAGAAAAUCCCAGACGCGGAAUGCACAACCCGUACGAAGACAGGUGACAAAGUGUCCAUGCACUAUACGGGCACUCUCUUUGAGACUGGCGAGAAAUUCGAUAGUAGCUUGGAUCGUGACGACCCUCUGACGUUUGUCUUGGGUACCGGUAGAGUCAUCCAAGGUUGGGAUCGAGGUUUGCAAAACAUGUGCGUAGGCGAAAAGCGAAAACUCGUUAUCCCGCCUAAUCUUGCUUAUGGAGACCGCGGUGCCCCAGGAGCCAUCCCCCCUGGUGCCACUCUUGUGUUUGAGGUUGAACUCGUUGCCAAUGACCCUGCACCAGACGUCAAGCCUUCCAACCCACAAGCUACCGACUCUAAGCAGGAGAAGGUAGCUGAAAAGCCUAAAACUGCCCAAGACGUUAUGCAAUCACCAUUGUUUAUUGGUUCUACCGUCGGUAUGAUCGUCUUGUUCAUCGUCAUGUUCUACCGUGCCACCAUUGCUGAGCGAAAGUGGGCAGAAGAAGAAGAGGUUAAGCGUAAAGAAAGACUUGCUGCCAAGAAGGCGGGUGCCUCUUCCAAGACAGACUAGUGGGGGUCAGCAUAGCGUGAAAAUUUUACUCUUUCCAUCAUUUCAACGGUGGAUUACAUCUGGUGUUUCUUGGGACUUUUUUUUGGCGGCCUCUUACGAUCUUACUGCCAAACAUCCUGACCUCACGAGGACACGUUUCGAGCAAGAUUGCUCAUAAAAGGAG